UUGUAACCAAAACAAAACUAGUUAUUAAGAUUCACACACACACACUGUCUCUCUUUCUCUCUCUAUCUAUCUAUGUUUCUGUGAUCCGAACAAUUCUCAGCCAGAAUGAACCUUCUCACCACUACCACCUAAUCCAAACAUCAAGAACACAAAAUUGUGUAAUUUGCAACAAUUAAUCUGACACAAUAUUUGAAGACCAAAACUAACAAAAAAAAGAAUAACCAAAUGCACUAUCCUUCUCAUCAACGCAUGAUCCAUAAUGGCUCAAGAAGUGUAACAACUUGGUUGAUCUUAAUCACAAUUGUUCUAUACAUUCUUUAUGCUUUCAACAUUGUUCUCUUUAACAAUGACCAACAAGAUUGUCAACCAGCAACAACCACUUUAGAUGACACCACACAAGAACAUGUUCAAAUCACUAGUUACAAUAUGUCCUCGACUUCGGACAGAAACAUCGAACACAAAGUUUUGCCUAUACAAAACAAAGAUCAAGUCGAAGAUGAAACAGAAAGAGAACCGAAACAAGCACAAGAACAAGAUCAAGAAGAGGAACAAGAUCAAGAACAAGAAGAAGAAGAACAAGAAGAAGAUUCUCGUGGCGAUGAAGAACAAGAAGGAAACAAAUCGCCUAUUGUAGUCCGGUUAACGCCUGCACAAAUGGCGAAAAGACAAGAUACUGAGCUGAAACACAUUGUUUUUGGGAUAGCGGCUUCGUCGAAUCUAUGGAAUACGAGAAAAGAAUACAUAAAAACAUGGUGGAGGCCAAAGGAAACAAGAGGUGUUGUUUGGUUAGAUAGAAGAGUUAGGACGCGACAUAACGAAGGGUUGCCAGAGAUUCGAAUCUCGGGAGACACUUCUAGAUUUCGGUAUACUAAUCGACAGGGACAAAGAUCGGCAUUGAGGAUAUCAAGGAUUGUGACUGAGACACUGAAGAUUGGAAUGAAAGAUGUGAGAUGGUUUGUUAUGGGAGAUGAUGAUACUGUUUUUGUGGUUGAGAAUGUUGUUAGGAUUCUUUCAAAGUAUGAUCAUAGACAUUUUUAUUAUGUUGGAAGUUCUUCUGAGAGUCAUGUUCAGAAUAUACAUUUUUCUUAUGGUAUGGCUUAUGGUGGAGGUGGAUUUGCUAUAAGUUAUCCAUUGGCUUUGGAGUUGUCUAAGGUGCAAGAUCGUUGUAUUCAGAGGUAUCCUGCUUUGUAUGGUAGUGAUGAUAGAAUUCAAGCAUGUAUGGCUGAGUUAGGUGUGCCACUCACAAAGGAAGCUGGAUUUCACCAGUAUGAUGUGUAUGGAGAUCUACUAGGCCUUCUAGGUGCACAUCCAGUGACUCCACUAGUAUCACUACACCACCUUGAUGUAGUACAACCAAUAUUCCCAACAAUGUCAAGAGUGCAAUCCUUAAGACACUUGAUGGAAUCAAUCAACCAUGACUCAGCAAGCAUAAUGCAACAAUCAAUAUGCUAUGACAAAACCAGGUUUUGGUCCAUAUCAGUUUCUUGGGGAUUCAUGGUUCAAGUUAUAAGAGGAAUUUUGUCCCCUAGAGAACUAGAAAUGCCAUCAAGAACAUUUUUGAAUUGGUACAAAAGAGCUGAUUACACUGCUUAUGCUUUCAACACAAGACCUGUUGCUAAACAUCCAUGUCAAAAGCCCUUUGUUUAUUACAUGACUAAAACUAGUUAUGAUCCUUCUGCUAAACAAACUGUCGGUGUUUAUACUCGCGACAAAUCUAAGAAUCCUUUUUGUCGGUGGAGGAUGGUUUCGCCUGAGAAAAUUACUUCCAUUGUUGUCACUAAAAGUCGCGAUCCUCAGCGCUGGAAUAAGUCACCGAGGAGGGAUUGUUGUAGAGUUAUGCCAUCGCGUAAGAGCUCGUCUCUAUACUUAUCGGUGGGAAUGUGUCGAGAAGGAGAAUUUACUGAAUUAUAGCCGUGACACAGUGCAUGUUGAUUUCACAUGGAUCAUCAGUGUCCUGAUGUGGUUUCUAAUCGAUUUUUUGAUUGGAAACGAAACUUUGAACUAUAUUUUAUUUCAAUUUCACAGUUGCUUC